GCUUCCUCAGAAACUACCUCACCAAAAAGUUCGUGGAAGGACGGCGAGCAGCAGGUUUUGCCGCACAACAACCUUCCCCUUGUCUUUUGCUCGUUGAUGUUGACCCUGUUCUUGGCGGCUUUGGAUCAAACAAUCGUUGCGACGGCACUGCCAACAAUAGUUUCCGACCUUGGAGGCGGUCAGAACUAUUCAUGGGUUGGCAGUGCUUAUUUACUUGCUUCAGCCGCAUGUGGUCCGCUGUACGGCAAGUUAGCGGACAUCAUAGGCCGCAAGCUUGUCCUCUACCCUGUCAUCGUCAUUUUCCUUAUUGGCUCGGCUCUUUGUGGAGCAGCACAAAGCAUGACUUGGUUGAUUAUAGCUCGAGCAGUUCAAGGCAUAGGUGGUGGAGGCUUGAUACAGAUUAUCCAAAUCGUGAUUGGAGACAUAGUAACUUUGGAACAACGAGGCAAAUACGGAGCAUAUAUCGGAUCAAUGUGGGGUAUUGCAUCAAUUCUUGGGCCUCUCGUUGGAGGCGCUCUUACGGACCAUGUUACGUGGAGAUGGUGUUUUUGGGUGAACCUACCUACAGGUGGAGCUGCCGUCGCUCUACUUUUUUUCACUCUCCAUUUGAACCCUCAUCACGGAAAACCAUUCCGACAACAUGUCCGCGAAUUCGAUUUUCUCGGGCUUUUUCUCCUUAUAGCCGGGGUCAUCUGUCUUUUGCUCGGAUUCAAUCAGAGCGAGACCAGUUGGAGAAGCCCGGCCACUAUUUCGCUCCUGGUCAUUGGCAUCGUCCUGCUCAUUUCUGCAGGAUUCUGGGAAGUCCACACCACAAGGUCGCCCAUCAUCCCCCCGCGAGUCUUCAAGACAAGAACAACGGGUAUAAUACUCGUAUCAAGCUGCUUGCACUCAUUCACGUUCUUCAGCGGGGCGUUCUAUCUGCCGUUGUACUACCAGGUGUUAGGAGCGUCAGCUACAAAGGCUGGUAUAAAGAUGCUUCCGUUCUCACUUGGUUCCUCAGUCACGUCGGCGAUCGCGGGCUAUGCUGUGGCGCCUCUAGGCGAUUUCCGACCGCCAAUAUGGAUAUCAUUCGCGAUUAUGACUUUGGGAUACGGACUCAUGAUUAUGCUCGAUGAGACCUCGUCAAUUGCUGUGCAGGAGAUAUUUCCUCUCAUUGCUGGGCUUGGUCUCGGUGGCCUAUUUCAAGUUCCCCUUAUAGGUAUGCAGGCUGCGAUGCCACUGAAAGAUAUGGCAACCAGUACCGGUGGCUUGAUGUUUAUCAGACUCCUGGGCUCAACUAUCAGCGUGUCAGUUGGACAGGCUAUUUGGUCAUCGGAACUCAACAAACGGAUUUCGAAGCUACCUACUUUCGACCUCGGAACAUCAUUCGCCAAUAGCGUGACGCAUCUCAAGGAUAUUCAGCCUGAAUCUCUGCGGACACAAGUUGUUCACGCUUAUACAAAAAGUCUUUCGACCAUCUGGAUAGUGGAUACUCCACUCCUCUUCGUGUGUUGCAUCAUGGUGUUAUUCUUGAAAAAGUACACCUUGCAACGAACGGUCGUCCGCAGUCCAAAGCACCGCGAGUCAUCUCAGACGGAUCUCGAAGGGGGGACUAUAGUCGAAACGCCCCCGAACGGCGCACAGGCUGAUGAAAAGGACCACACGAUCAGUGAAUCCGACAUCAAAACACAGUAGAAUGCUGCAGACCUAGACAUGAUUGCCUUCGCAUACUGCUAUCAGCCCGCUGUUGAAUAAUAUACGACGUUCAACCGUUGUUUCAUCUGCUUUC